UUGUCGUUCAGUCGUCGUCGUACUCUCCGUCGUCGUUCAUUCACGCCAGCAAAUUUAUUUCUCGAGAUUUAUUAUCGAGAAAAAAAAAUAAUAUUAUUUAUUUUUAUUAUUUAACUCUUGAAUUGUGCGACAAAUUCGUGUUUUUAUUAAGUUUUGUAAAAAAAUAUAAAAAAAAAUUAAAUAAAAAAAAAUUAAAAAAUAAAAAAAGGUGAAAAAAAUAAGAAGCAACGAUGGGAAGUCGCAGAAUUUCUCGCAUCGAGUCAGGCUUGGAUCUGCUCGAGUAUUUGGAUCGCGGGCACACAGCAAAAUGCGAGAAUCGGUACACGUUCGAGAUUGCGUGGGAAGUUGCGAACAAAGUUGGAGGCAUUUACACUGUCAUCAGGUCGAAGGCGUUUGUGUCGGCGGAGGAGAUGGGAGAACAUUAUUGCUUGUUUGGUCCCUACAAAGAACACUGUGCUCGCGUAGAAGUUGAAGAAACGGAAUUACCUCACGACAACCCAUUGCAAGGAGCUGUCAACGCGAUGCGCAAUCAAGGCUACAAAAUCCACAUUGGUCGUUGGCUCGUCGACGGCAAUCCGCAAGUCGUUUUAUUCGACAUCGGUUCAGGCGCCUGGCACAUGGACAAUUUCAAGCGCGAAUUGUGGGAAUCAUCGCACAUCGGGGUCCCGCAUGCCGAUAUCGAGACAAAUGACGCCAUCAUCCUCGGUUACAUGGUUGCCACGUUCAUUGCGGAAUUCAAAAGAUGCGCCAUCGAACACGCGAAAGACAACGAGAUCAACGAACCUCGCAUUGUGGCGCAUUUUCACGAAUGGCAGGCGGGCGUCGGACUCAUCGCGCUUCGUACGCGUCACGUUGACGUCGCCACAGUAUUUACGACGCAUGCCACGUUGCUCGGACGCUAUUUGUGUGCCGGCAAGAUGGAUUUUUACAACAAUUUGGAUAAAUUUGCGGUCGACGAGGAAGCGGGAAAGCGUCAAAUUUACCAUCGGUACUGCUUGGAGCGAGCGGCGACGCAUUUGGCGCACGUUUUUACGACAGUUUCGGAAAUUACGGGCCUCGAGGCGGAACAUUUGCUGAAACGCAAGCCAGAUAUCAUCACGCCGAACGGCCUGAAUGUCAAAAAAUUCUCCGCCAUUCACGAAUUUCAGAAUUUGCAUGCGAUGGCAAAGGACAAAAUUCACGAAUUCACGCGCGGGCACUUUUACGGGCAUUUCAACUUCAAUUUGGACAAAACUUUGUACAUGUUCAUCGCAGGUCGAUACGAAUUCAGCAACAAGGGCGCGGAUAUCUUCAUUGAAGCACUCGCUCGGUUGAAUCACAUGCUCAAGGAACAACUUCCCGACGUCACAGUUGUCGCUUUUCUCAUCUUUCCGGCGCCAACGAACAAUUUCAACGUUGAGUCGUUGCGCGGACAUGCCGUUACGAAGCAAUUGCGCGACACAAUUCAACAUGUGCAAAGUCAAAUCGGGAAACGGAUGUACGAUAAAUGUUUGACUGGGCGCAUGCCAGAUGCCGAUGAUCUGAUGACGAAAGAAGACGUUGUCAAGAUUAAACGUUGCUUGUAUUCGUUGCAGCGCGAUGGAUUGCCGCCAAUUACGACACAUAAUGUCGUGAAUGAUGCCGAAGAUCCCGUUUUGAAUAAUAUUCGACGUUGUCAGUUGUUUAAUACGGUGCAUGAUCGUGUUAAGAUAAUUUUCCAUCCGGAAUUCUUGUCAUCGACAAACCCGCUGUUCGGUUUGGACUACGAGGAAUUCGUUCGCGGUUGUCAUUUGGGUGUUUUCCCUUCGUACUACGAGCCAUGGGGAUACACGCCCGCCGAAUGCACCGUCAUGGGCAUCCCGUCGAUCACAACCAAUCUCUCCGGCUUCGGAUGCUUCAUGCAAGAUCACAUCGCCGACCCGAAAUCCUAUGGCAUUUACAUCGUCGAUCGUCGUCACAUCGGGCUCGAGCAAACGAUCCAGCAACUCGCCAAAUACAUGUUUGACUUUUCGAAGCUCAAUCGUCGACAACGCAUCAUCCAACGCAAUCGCACGGAACGUCUUUCCGACUUGCUCGAUUGGCGAAAUUUGGGAAUUUAUUAUCGUCAGGCGCGCGUUCAAGCCUUGCAAACUGUCUAUCCGGACUACGUCGAUGAGGGUUCGCGUUACACGAUGACAGGCAACUUUAAUUAUCCGCGACCUUUGAGUGCUCCGCCAAGUGCGCCGCCUUCGCCGACAUCCUCACGACACACAACGCCCCACGGAUCCGUUCACGGCUCAGAUGACGAGGAAGACGAGGUCGAUGAGGAACACGAAUUGGCUGAAUUGUCGCUCGAUCAACGCGAUUAGGUCCCCCGAAAUUCGUUAUUUUAUGUUUUUAUGUUUAUUUAUUAGUUUUUAGUCACUUUUUAACCCUCUCUGCUCUUCCUCUGUUUGUCAAAUAUUUAGAAACCGUGUUACCUCAAGUCUCUUUUUAGUGCAAAAGAAAAAUGUUUUACUCGAAAAUCCUCUUUUAACGACUUUUUAAAUUAAUUUUAAGGAUAGAAAUGCUUUAAAAUUCUCAAAAACGCACCAAUUUCCCAAAAAAAAAAUCAUAAUUUACUCAGGGAAAAGUCACGGUAGCGAUUUUUUUUUUAAAUUUGCAUCAAAAUUUUAUUUAAAAUGUAAGUUCAAAAAAUUAUUUUGACAGUUCAAAAAUUUUUAAAA